AUAUUUAGCUUGCAAAUUGGUCCAAUAUUACAGUUGGCUUCUCAAAAUCAGACACUGGUGGCCUUUGUUAUGUCACCUUCCUAGCCUAUUACUCUAUUCACCUCUUUGGUUACACCAAUCCCUCUUUAAAAUCACAGACCCCUCUCUCUCUCUCAUCCCCCCUCUCUCUUUCUCUCUCUUAAAAUGAAGAACAACGUAAACAACACCACCACAAACACAAAACUCAUUCUCCUCCACCCCUACAUCCAAAAGCAAGGAACCACCAACCGCCUAUGGCUCCUAGCCUUCAUCUCACUCUUCACUAUCGCUUUCCUCCUCACCGUCAUGAUCUACACCCGUGAAUCCAUCGCCACCACCGUCACCGCCGUUGCUGCCACCGGAGCCGCCAAAACCACCUCGUCACCUCCCUUGCCAAAAUCCGUCGUCAAAGCGCUACUUCACUAUGCCGCCAAUUCCAACAUCACCGAUAAAAUGUCAUAUGCCGACACCAAGUUAAUAUCUGACGCCCUCCGCCACUGCUCCGCCCCGUGCAACUUCCUCGUCUUCGGCCUCACAGCCGAAACGCUUCUCUGGAAAUCGCUCAACCAUAACGGCCGAACCGUCAUCAUCGAGGAAAAUCGGUACUUUGCUGCGUACAUGGAGGAAACAAACCCAGAAAUUGAGAUCUAUGACGUUCAAUACGCCACCAAAAUUAGCCAACUGAACGAGCUGAUAACCACGGCAAGAGAGAAGAUGAAAAACGAGUGUAGGCCUGUCCAAAACCUACUAUUCUCAGAUUGUAAACUCGGGCUGAACGACCUCCCUAACCAAUUAUACGAAGUGGACUGGGACGUCGUUUUGAUCGAUGGGCCGAGAGGGUACUGGCCUGAUGGGCCAGGACGGAUGGCCGCAAUCUUUACCGCUGGGGUGCUUGCUAGAAGCAAGAAGGGUGGAAAUGGAAAAACGCAUAUUUUCGUGCAUGAUUUUAAUAGGAAAGUGGAGAGGGUUUCUAGUGAGGAGUUUUUGUGCAAGGAGAAUUUGGUGAAGGCCAAGGGUAUGCUAGGGCACUUUGUUGUGGAGAAAAUGGAGGAGAACAGUGUCCAGUUCUGUAGAAAUCGUACAUCAUCAACAUCCUCUUCGUCUUAGUUCUUGUUAUAACUUUCUUUUAUGUUUAAUCAUCAUAUGGUGAGCCAUAUUUAUCAAUUUGUAUGCCAAUUUGAGUUGUCAUCUCUUUCCUACCCAUUAUUUUUGUGUGAUUUGUAUUAAUUGCAAUGAGAACAUGUAAUUUCUCUGAAUGAAAGCAAUUGUUUCGAUAGCCCAAAGAAA